AUGGCCGAAGACAAGGUCUCGGUUGAGCACAAGCGGGACGAAGAUGUCGCCGAGAAGAUAUCGCACUCUUCCAAGUCUGGGGAGCUCGAGGCUCAGCCUACAGAGUACGAUGAGGCAGAGGCUGCGCGCGUGUUACGAAAGGUCGAUAUAAGACUUGUGCCUAUGCUGGCUUUGCUUUACCUCGUCGCUUUUAUCGAUCGUAGCAACAUUGGUAACGCAAAGAUUGCGGGUAUGACAGACGACCUCAAAAUGAACGGUCAACAAUACAACACGGCCGUGACCCUCUUCUUCGUACCCUACACCCUGCUCGAAGUCCCUAGCAACAUCGUCCUCAAGAUGAUGCGCCCCAGUUACUGGAUGGCGAUUCUGAUGGGCUCCUGGGGUCUCGUCAUGACACUCAUGGGUCUGACAUCAAGUUAUGGCGGUCUCCUUGCUGGAAGAUUCUUCUUGGGCGUCACAGAGUCCGGUUUCUUCCCAGCAGCAACAUUCCUCCUCACCCUCUGGUACCGCCGCUUCGAACUCCAGCGCCGCAUGGCCGUCUUCUACGUCGCUGCCUCUCUCGCCGGCGCCUUCAGCGGUCUCCUCGCCUAUGGUAUUGAGAAACUCGACGGACGUUCUGGACUCGCUGGAUGGCAGUGGAUUUUCCUACUCGAAGGCCUCAUCCCCGUCGCCCUCGCCCUCGUCAUCUGGAAAAUCCUCCCCGAUAGCCCCGAAACCGCAAAGUUCCUCACCCAGCCCGAGCGCGACUUGCUCGUUGCCCGUCUCUCAAACGACUCUGGUUCUGGCCAAGGUCAAACUACAAACAAGGAUAAAAUCGGUAAAGAACAGAUUCUCGCCGGUCUGAGCGAUUGGAAGAUCUGGGCUGCUACGCUCGUGUUUUGGGGUAACACCGUUGGUGUCUAUGGCUUCACCGCCACUGUCCCCUCCGUCAUCCAAGGCCUAGGCUACACCUCCGCCAACGCCCAACUCCUCACAAUUCCCAUCUACGUCUUCGCCGCCAUCCUGACCCUCAUCUUCGCCUGGGCCUCGGACCUCACCCGCAAGCGCUCCCCCUACAUCAUCGCCGGCUACUCCAUCGCCAUUGCAGGCUUCAUCGCCCAACUCGCCAUCCCCAAGCCAAAAUACCCGGGUAUAACCUACGGUUUCCUCUUCCCCGUCGCAGGCGGCCUCUACUGCCCAUUCACCUGUCUUGUAUCUUGGAUCGGAAAUUCGCUCGCGCCCUCGUCGAAGCGCGCGGUCGGUAUGGCCCUGCUUAUCUCCGUCGGCAACAUGGGUGGUAUCAUGGGCAGUAAUAUCUACCUUGCCCGUGAGGCCCCCAAGUAUCGCACGGGUUUUGCCGCCAGUUUGGCUAUGUGCUGUUUGGCGAUUAUUAUGACGUUUGUCCUGCGUUGGGCGUAUUCGAGCGAGAAUGCGAGGAGGGAUGCGUUGAUUGCGGCUGAGGGCGAGGAUGCGAUACGCGCGAGGUAUAGUCCUGAGGAGCUGUUGUUGUUGGGCGAUAAGAGUCCAUUUUACCGGUAUACUUUGUAA